UUUUUGUGCGCCAGUUAAAAUGUUUGUUAUUGUUUCUGCUGUAGUCAUUUUAAAUUCAUUAGCGGGAUACACGUGUCAGUCUCCUUGUCCUGGAUUCUUUCGUUAUGCUGUUGAUAAUAGAACGAGAGAAGUAUUUGGAAGAAUUGAAAUUCCCCAUCCACCGAGGAAUGUGGCUAUUCAGCUUCGUGUCAGCUUCAGUAUUGCUACUGUUCUACCUACGCAAUACGUCGGAAAGAUUGAAUUAGCCAAAUCCCGACAGGAGUCUGUGCUGGCAAUAGAAGCUGGACAACCACUGGUUUACAAUAUUUUUUUUCCACUCCAGCGACCUUUGCCAGUACUCACAGAAAUAGUAUUCAACAACUAUCAGUACUGCGUAGGACAUCAAGCAAGAGGUCCAGUGGUGACAAAUAUAUUCAUAGAGCAUUUUCUGUAUCCAGCAGGAGUAACUCCGGAAGUGAAUACCCCACACCAGAAUAAUAAUGCAAAUCCUCAUCCAUUGAAUCAGAAAGAAUUUGAGAAUUUACCUCUUGCUGAUGAAAAAUACCCAAUCAUCCCAUCAUUUUCAUUAACAACCCCCAGGCCCCCCGCAGGAGAGUCUCCCUUCGAUUCGACUCUAUUGAAUUUUUAUCAGGAUGAAAACUGUGGAAAAUCAAAUAGACUUAAUCACUCGAUGCCAAAUAACUGGGGUACAUAUGCCAGCCAGUGGCCCUGGCUGGUCGCUAUCUUCAUUGCCCGUUACAACUUCCAGUUCCAAUGCUCUGGAAAUUUAAUAACAGCUAAGCACGUACUUACAGCAGCUCACUGUAUGAUAUCAAAUGGCAUCGAAAUCCCAGCGAAUGUAUUAUUAAUCUCCCUGGGGCGCUACAGACUCAAUGACUGGCAUGAACCACGUGCUGUAAACCGUGAAGUUUUGGGAUUUGUAAUUCAUCCGGAAUACACUAAUAGAGGAAGUGCCCACGCUGAUUUAGCGAUUGUGAUCCUGAGGGAGAGGGUUCAGAUGAAUUGGAGUAUCAAACCUGUGUGUCUGUGGACUGGUGCUGCUGCAUUGGAGCAGAUUGUGGGGAAAAUGGGAUACGUCGUUGGAUGGGGAAUAGAUGAGAAUGGAGAUCAGCAUCUGGGAGGUCCCAGACAGGCGCAAGUACCCAUUGUUUCACAAGAGGAUUGUCUCCGGAGUAAUUUGAAAUUCGUUCGAUCGGGGUCGUCCACCUCUAACAAAACCUUCUGCGCCGGUCGACGUGAUGGCAGUGGACCGUGUAACGGGGACAGUGGAAGUGGUUUAAUGAUUCAUGAUCAGACCACUGAUAGAUAUUACCUGCGCGGAAUUCUAUCUUUCUGGCUGCUAGAUGAAAACCUGAGCUCCUGUGAUUUAUCGUACUACGUCGUCUACGCCGAUGUCGCUAAAUUCUUAAAAUGGAUUCACAAGCAAAUUUUAUAA